AUGGCCCCUGUGUUUCCGCCGGCUGCGGUAUUGGUCGACAUUGAGAUGGUACCGGAUGCCCCGCCAGUAGCAAGUCCACUCAAGAGACUGAUGGCUCCACCAACAACCGAGCCACCAGCAGCAAGUGACACUGAACCACCAGUCCCGGACGUGCCCGUUCCAACCGAAGCAGCAAUGGACCCGGUUGUUCCGCCAGUCACACCACUUGUCGACAACGUGAUGCCACCCGAUGCGCCACCAACCGCUGUGCUUGUGGUAAUCGAGAUUGACCCAGAAUUUCCAGCAGUGGAGGAACCGCUCAAAAGAGAAAUCGGUCCACCAGCUACAGAAGUCCCUGCACUCAAACGAAUUUGGCCUCCCGUGCCAACGACGCCGGUUCCAACGGACAUCACAACGUUUCCUCCGGUUCCACCACUGGCGGAUGAUCCUGAUGCAAUCGUAAUUUGCCCAGAAUUUCCACCGGUUGCAGUACUUGUGGCAGCGGUGAUACCGCCAGACACGCCACCGGUUGAGGACCCACUGGUAACGAAAACAGAUCCACCAGCAACAGAAUUGCCGCUUUGA